UAUCUUGUCAUUUUUCAAAUCAGUUGUUAAAAAUAAAAAUGGCAGCGGAAAUUAAACCAGCAACACAAUCAAACGAUAGAUUCUGUACGACAAAAAAGCCGGCACUGCUCGCAAAACUCGAAGGCUGUAACGAUGAAGUAAACGCCGCCGUUUUAAUUCCAGGAGAAGACGGCAUUAUUAGCGUAUCCGACGACAAGACCGUUCGAGUAUGGUUGAAACGCGACUCCGGCCAAUACUGGCCCAGUAUAUGUCAAUAUAUGCCCAGCGGGGCGACGUCGAUGUUUUACCAAGUCGAGACCAGGGAAUUAUUUGUGGGGCAAGAAAACGGGACGGUUUCCGAAUUUUCGUUGGCCUCGGACUUUAAUCGUAUGAUGCCCGUUCGAGAGUACUUAGCGCAUCAGGCUCGGGUUACCGAUGUAUUGUACGCACUCAAUUGCGAAUGGGUUUUGAGUGUUAGUCGAGAUAAGGUAUUUUCGUAUAAUUGUACACAGACUGGUAGGACGAUUGGAAUUUUUACUGCUGAAGCUUGGUGCACCUCUUUACAAUUCGAUUCUCAGACGAAACACGCCUUCGUCGGUGAUUACUCAGGUCAAAUAACUAUGUUGAAGCUAACUAACUCGGGAGCUACAUUUGUAACCACACUUAAAGGGCACUCAGGAUCUGUACGUACGUUAGCUUGGGACCCAGAUAGGCAAAUGUUAUUCAGCGGCUCAUUCGAUCAGACUGUUAUUGUGUGGGAUAUAGGAGGCCAACAGGGUAACGCCUAUGAACUUCAGGGGCAUCACAAUAAGGUUUCCGCCCUAUGUUACUUAAGUGGAAGCAAGCAGUUAGUCAGUGCCGGCGAAGAUAGCGUUUUAGUAUUUUGGGAUAUGAGUCAACAUCGGCAGGAGACCCCCGAAUGGGUUCAAUCAAAUUCGUGUCAAUUAUGUAAUCGACCAUUCUUUUGGAAUUUGCGUGCCAUGAUGGAUCAGAGGCAGUUGGGGCUGCGACAACACCAUUGCCGUCACUGUGGGAAAGCUGUGUGUGAUCGAUGCUCGUUAGGAAGACUAACAAUUCCAAUUAUGGGCUUUGAAUUUGCGGUUCGAGUUUGCGAGCCGUGUCAUAUAGCGCUGAAAGACAACGAACGUCCAUCAAUGGCGACCUUUCAUGAUGCGAAACAUAGUGUUGUAGCAAUGGAAAUUGAUGAAACUAGGAAGAGAUUAAUUACAGUUGGGCAGGAUCGUCUCAUUAAAGUGUGGGACAUUUCCGCAUUAUGUUAGGUUUAUAUAUUGAUAUAAAGUGAUGUGAUUAAACAAUUCUGAUUUGUAUAGAUUAUGUUACAUUUUAGGAUACAUUUUAUUAUUUAAACUUCUAUUCCAUACAAGUAGUUAAUUUAAUAUUAAUAUUGUGAAUACUUAAUUUCCAGCAUUUUUCAGAAUUUUAUCUAACACAAUGCAUACAUAUUGUUAUUGCCUUUUUAAUCGAACAAAAGGUUGUGUAAGCUACAUGCUUCUAUGUACAUUAUACCUACAGUUAUUUUUGUUUUUUAUGUAAUUAUGUAAUAUAUUCAAUGUAGCAUUUGUUUAGAAUUUGAAGUGUUUCCAAAGAUUUAUUUUAAGCUUCAUUUCUUUUCUUCAUUUUAAUGCAAAAAGACUUUUGCACAAUUUAUAUUUUUAUCGUUUGUAAACCAAGUGCAACUAUUAAUUAGUUUGUU